AUGCUGCCAAACUGGAAUUACCUCGAUGCAGACUGGCGGGGACCUGCAGCAGUUUUCCUGCCCAGGCCAUUCGACCUUUUCAACACACUGCCGAGGGAGGUGCAAGACAUGCGAUAUAUGGAGUUCUGUGCUGCAGUAAGAAAUGAGCUGCUAGAUAGGCCUCUGUAUUCCCUACAGGAGUGGGAUGAGGUUGUGGCUUACAUUGAUUGUGUUUUCUUUGGCAGUUACAAGCUGAACGUGUGGGACGUGGGCGGGCAAAAGUCUCUGCGCUCCUAUUGGCGCAACUACUUCGAGAGCACCGAUGGCCUCAUCUGGGUGGUGGACAGCGCCGACAAGCGACGCCUGCAGGACUGCGCAGUCGAGCUGCACAAGCUGCUCCACGAAGAGAAACUGGCUGGAGCUACUCUGCUGGUAUUUGCUAACAAACAAGAUCUUCCAGGAGCUCUGACUGCCGAAGAAAUUAGAGACGUUAUGAACCUGAACAACAUUAAGACUCAUCACUGGAUAAUAAUCAAGUCGAGUGCAGUGACAGGAGAAAACCUUUUGAAAGGCAUUGACUGGCUUAUCGAUGACAUUGCUGCCCGUAUCUUCACACUUGAUUAGUCACUAAUAACUAAUUAACAAUCUGUCAAUUUUCUUUUCUAAAUAAAUUUAUAUAUAAACUAUUUAAA